AAAGCCUUCGAUUAAGGAAAUGUGUAUCGCAAGGGUUAACUAAGCAGGGCUCUACAUAGUAGACGACCAUCAGAUUUGCGACAGCACUGUAUGAUGAGCGGACUCCAUGCUGACGUUUAGCCGACGCGGGGAUGAACAGAUUAGGAAACAUUUAAGGUCGUGUAUGUAUUACUUCAUUUACGAGAGGAUCACCAACUUGGUCCAUUCAAAAAUUUUGGAUUGAGGAACACUUUUUGUAUAAAUUCAAAUAACAUCUCAUACAGGUUAUGCAGUUCGUCCAUCCUAACUCCCCAGAGAGCGUAUCAUGUCGUCCUCAGGCCCCACCCUUGCGCAGAUCGAAGUUGUAAAUAUCGUCCUCGCGAUCGUGGCUGUCAUUGUCACAUCCCUCCGCUUGUGUCUUCGUGCGCGGAAGCGUCGUCUGUGGAUUGACGAUAUGUGGGCGGCCCUCAGCAUGGUAUUUACCUUCAUGUUAUUAAUUGCCGAUUGCUUGUAUCUGCAAUACUACGAAAGGUACCCUCAAGACACAAGGAUAGCAUUAUACUAUAUGGUUGCCCAGUCCUUUUACGCAGUCGUAUGGACAUCGAGGCUAUCCAUAUUGUUUACCGUUGUGCGACUCACAGUCCCGGGAACUUAUAUUAGGAAGGCUCUCAUAUCCACUGCCGUUACCUUCAGCGUCGUAUGGGCUCUACUUUUUUCACAACUGUGGUGGGUUUGUGAAGCCAAGUCCGACUGGAAAAGACAACCACAUCCGCAAUGCGAUAUCGGCAGAAGUGUUGCGAUAGCGCAGAUAAUCACCGACGUUCUAGGAGACGCUGUCCUCAUCUUCACUCCAUUCUCCCUCAUUUACAGAGUCAGAUUGUCGAGCCCGCAAAAAAUCCGGGUACUAGCUGUCUUCUCUGCAUCGAUGAUAACCACAAUCGUCAGUCUCGUCCAUGCAUAUUACAUCUUCUCCAGUGGAGGGACAAAGGUGAUCAUGGCUGCUAUAGUCGAGGCUUCCGUGUCUCUGAUCGUCGCUAACUUGAGCGUCGUCAUCGCUUUCUUCUUCCGGUUACUAAGUGCAGAAGAUGACUCGACUCCGGGGUCCAUCGUAACUUUCGGAUCACUGCCCAAGAAGCGCGUUCGGGACCCUCUCGCUACGACUAUUACAGGUGCUGAAAGCGCCCCGAUCGUAUUGGAGGACCUCUCUCAGUUGCAUCCCUGUUCUCUCAAGACAAGAGACGAAGAUGAGAUUACUUUGAGCAUCAAUCAGGGAAGACAGACGAAGACGGAUGACUUGUGUUAGAGCACAAUGACGUCGAUGUCUUUGUCGAUCGUGUUAGAGCACGGCGAAUAUAGUAUUUUGUUGAUUCGCUGUACAUGCUGACCUCAUAGAUGUCGAUAGAACAAAACUGUUCAUAAUUACAUACCGACCUACAUCUACAAUAAUCAAGUAAUACAGAAUCUUGUUGUAGUUCAGACAACCUCAAAGAAGCUGGGCA